CACACACACACACACACACACACACACACACACACACACACACACACACACACACACAGAGAGAGAGAGAGGGAGAGGGAGGCUGCUCAAUGUGUAAAGAAUGCAAGUUUAAGGCUGAGACAGACAGAAGGAGAGAGAGAGAGAGAGAGAGAGAGAGAGAGAGAUCCAGAGAGACAAACAAAGAGACUGAGAGAAACAGACAGAGAGAGAGAGUGUGUGUGUGUGAGAGCGAGUGUGUGUGAGGAGGGCAGUGAGUGUACUGUAGUGUAGUGUAGUGUGUUGAGACAGUAAGAGAGUAAACACAGCUCCUCCAGACUCCAGCAUGAGCUCUUCUGUGUCUCUGCGCUCUUCACCCUCCAGCAUCUGCCUGAGCUUCAUCAUCAUCAUCACCAUCCUGCUGGAACACUGCUCCGCCUGGCCCUACGACUACAGGUUUGUGCCGAGCUGGUGUCCGGGACCGGAGUGGAGUGUGUUGUGUCGGGGCUGCUGUGAGUAUGAUGUGAUCCGCUGUAAGUGCCCUCUGCAGGGGGCGCCGGUGGGCUACGCUGUGCCCUGCUGCCGCAACGCUGCCGAUGAGUGUGACCCCUGCACCAUACACCCCGGCUGCAGUAUCUUCGAGAACUGUAAGCGCUGUAAUAACGGCACGUGGGCCCCGAGGGAUGACUUCUUCCUGAAGGGUCAGUACUGCGCCGAGUGCCGGCCCGGAUGGUCUGGAGGAGACUGUAUGACGUGUGGAGGGCUGAUCCACAAGCGGCAGGGGCACCUGGUGUUGGAGAGUUACCCGAACAACGCCCGCUGUGAGUGGACACUGAGAGUCGACCAACCGUACACUAUUGACCUCAGGUUCAUGAUGCUCAGUCUGGAGUUUGACCACAGCUGUCAGUACGACUAUGUGGAGGUGAGGGACGGAGACAGCCUGAACUCUCGCCUGAUUGGUCGAUACUGUGGAAACGAGCGGCCUCCUCCAAUCAGGAGCUCUGGGAGUUCCCUGCACCUGCUGUUCGUCUCAGAUGGAUAUAAACACUUCGAUGGGUUUUUCGCCAUCUUCCAGGAGAGCUCAGAAUGCAUAUCCUCUCCGUGUUUGCAUGACGGCACCUGUGUGGUGGACUCCUCGCGCUCCUACCACUGCGCCUGCCUGGCCGGGUACACUGGAAAGAGGUGUGAACAUGUGCUGGAGUGCAGAAGGCCUUUGAUCCCAGCUCACGGCUCUAUGAGGCAUCUGGAUGAGCGGGUCGGAGGUCAUGUUGUGUUCCAGUGUGACCCCGGAUUCACUUUAAAGGGUUUCCGGAUCUCCACCUGUCUGCUGGACGGCUCAUGGAGCUCCCCAACUCCACAGUGCGUGCAUUUCCAAAACUGCGGCGUUCCUCCAAAGCCGGAGAACGGUGACCACUUCCUUGUUUACGGACCAAACGAUGUGCUUAUUGCUAUACAGUACUUCUGCUAUAAGCAGUAUAAACUGAAGGGGGCCGCUCAGAGAACUUGCCUGGGAAACAACACCUGGAGCGGGACGGCACCAACCUGCAUCACAGAGCCGGAUGUGAUUUCUACAGCAGAUCAUGAGGAAAACAAAGUUCAACUCAAGCCUGCUGGAGCAGACGAUGUGGGCGAUGCCAAGAACAAAACCUCACAGGAAAAAGAAAACGAGUCCAAACCAGAGAAAGAUAUUAAAGCACAGAAGCCCACCGCUGGAAAGGACUACGAUCUAGUGUUGGGAAAAGACAUGGACAAAGAAACUGUCAGCCUAUUUGUGAAAGAAAAGCCUAAAGCUGAAUAUAAGGAGUCCGACAGCAGCAUCAACACUAUUGAAAAGAAAGAUCCCGGAGAGGAUAAAGACGGCCUUAAACUCUUCGAUAAAGUCGAACAUCUACACAUCGAAGAGAAAGUCGAAACUCCAGCUAAAGAUGUGGAAUAUGUAGAUAUUGUGUUGAUAGACAGGAUGGAGAACAAUCAGACCACAGAGGACAAAACUAAAGACGACAGACCAGAGAGAAGACCUCAAUAUACAAUAUCAAGACUGACUGAAGACAGGAAAGAAGAAAACCUUCUCAAUGAAGUAGACGUCACACAGCAAGAGAAUAACACUGGAUACUUUGAUAGCAAUGACAUUGAGGAAAAUGUAGAUAUGUUGCUGCUGAAGCACGCUGAAGAACCUCCAUCAUCCACUGCUGUUCAAUACAGCACAGAAACCACAACCACAGCCAGCAGGACCACAGAGAGAGCCACUGAUAAACCUGCUCUUCAGGAGGAUCCAGUACAUGUAAAGACAGCAGAUUUACAGCAAGAACCCACAGCAGAGUCUCCGCCAGACGCACAGAAUGAAGCAGGUGAAGUGAGUGCGUGUCCUCCACCGCCUCCGCUCUAUCAUGGUUUCUCUGAGCGCGUGUCUGGUGUGCGUCCUGAAACUCUGCGCUUCUUCUGUAAUCAGUCGUACGCUCUGGUCGGUAGCGACCGCAGAACCUGUCAGGCUGACGGCAGCUGGUCUGGAGCUCAACCCGUCUGCAUCAGAGCGUGUCGAGAGCCGAAAGUCUCUGUUCUGGUCAGACAGAAAGUUCUUCCUCCUCACGUCCCGUCCAGGAAGACUCCGGUGCACAAGUUUUACUCUUCCUCCGUGUCGGCGGUCUUCUUGAAGGAUGUGCGUGCGACGCAGAGCCCGCUGGGUUUACCGACACUCCCGCAGGGUUUCCACCAUCUGUACACACACAUCGAAUACGAGUGUGUGUCUCCGUAUUACCAGCACUCGGGCAGCUCCCGCAGAACCUGCCUGAAGAUGGGCAAGUGGAGCGGACGCCACGUCUCCUGCUCUCCAGUGUGUGGGAAGCUGGCCUCCUUCAACCCGCAGAAGCCAGAGCAGACGCAGUGGCCAUGGCUGGCCUCCAUCUACAGACGUCCAGCAGGGAAGCUGAAGCUGAAGGAGGAUCAGGCGGAGGAUCAGACGGAGGACGGGUGGCAGCUGGUCUGCAGUGGAGCUCUGGUCAACCAGCGCAGUGUGGUGGUCGCUGCUCACUGCGUCACGGAACUGGGGAAAUCACACCCGCUGGACACACACACACUCAGAGUCACGCUGGGGAAACACUACCGCAGCGAGCGCAGACACGCUAAAGGCCUGCAGACUCUACGGGUUUCCUCCAUCGCUCUGCACCCAAACUUUGACCCUCUGGUUCUGGACUCAGACGUGGCGGUGCUCAAGCUGCUGGAUAAGGCUCGUAUUGGAGAGCAUGUGGUUCCGGUGUGCCUGCCGGACCCUCAGCUGACUGCAGACCAGGGUUUGGUGACGGGCUGGUCCCUACAGCCGGACCUCACAGAUGCGGAUGGGGAGCGUGCGCGGGUGGGCCGCGUGCUGAUGGGGGAUACGGUGGAGUGUGAGCAGCAGUACGCCAGCCAUGGCCUGCCCAUCAGUGUGUCUGAAAACAUGCUGUGCGGACGGCAGGCGGAGCGCUCCAACAUUUGCCCUGCCGACACCGGGGGGAUCCUGCUGUCCCCGGCCGGCUCCGCACACACACCACAGCACUGGACGCUCCUCGGCCUGGUCAGCUUCGGGUUUGAGUCUUCAGUCUGCAGCCCGGAGCUCUACACCGUCUACACACACAUCGCCAACUUCGUCAGCUUCAUAGAGGCUAACAUGACAUGAAGAGGAGCAUUACUGAUAGAGUCCGAAUCAAGAGGAUCCACCCUCCUCAACAUAUAUAUAGGAGAGCUCAUAAUAACAAUAAUUCUGACUUCAACUGUAUACAGACUCAAACACACUGGACGGUGCAGUGCACAAGUGUUAAUCCUUAAAUAUGAGAGAGGAAAUAUCCCAAAGGAGAUGAACGAGCAGCACGUUCUGUGAGCUGGACAUCAGUUUCUCAGGUUUUAGAAAAUGAGGCACUUCUAGUUUAAUCUUUGAACUGUACAGGAGCUGUAAUGCAGUAUUCACCAUCAGAGGAUGUAUAUAUUUACACCUAUAUAUGUGUAUUAACAUGUACUGUGAGUGGGGCUACUGGUGGGAAUCUUAACUCAUGGACUGCAGAGACAUUCGGUGCAUUCCAAACAGGAUACAUCGCCCUCUGAAGGGCACUUCGGAGUGAACACAGUCAUGUCCACCAUACUGAAGUGUUGUUCCAAACUGAAGUGCUCGAAACUGACCUUCAGGAUGAGGAUACGACUGAUGGAAACCCUUUGCACAGGAAAGACAGUGGUGUCAUACACUGUGUUACAUUUAGAAGAUCUCAUCCCUGUUCCCUGAUCCCUUCAAAGCAGUCACUACAGAGGGGUUAGGGUAUAGGGAUGAGCCCUUCCAAUUGGAACACAGCGUUUGACACCAAACCCAUGGAGCGCAAGCUAAAAACUGAAGGCAGAAUUAUAAAUAGUAUCAAUUGAAACUUAUACAGUAGGGCGGCGCGGUGGUGCAGUGGGUAGUGCUGUCACCUCACAGCAAGAAGGUCGCUGGUUCGAGCCUUGGCUGGGUCAGUUAGCGUUUCUGUGUAUAGUUUGGACGUAAUUGGACGUAGUGUAUAAGUCUGUAUGGGCGUUUCCCAGUACUGCAGAUGGAAGGGCAUCCGCUGUGUGAAACAUAUGCUGGAAUAGUUGGCGGUUCAUUCCGCUGGGGUGACCCCAGAUAAAUAAGGCACUAAGCUGAAGCAAAAUGAAUGAAUGACACUCAAAAUGGAUCUCUAAACCACACAAUUUUGGAAUCACCAGUUGAGUUGAAUUCUUCUGUACAGCGCUCUUUACUAUAUAGACACAGUGUUAACAUAGAUGAAGUAAAGUUAACAUAACUUUACUAUAUAGAUGUAACAUAGAUGAAGUAAAGAGAGUUAGAAGACAUACCAAUACUUCAUAUUGUGAACCAUUCCAGCAGUUCAGGCAGGCAGGAGAGGAGUGUAGGAUGCUGGUGUAGAUCUGGAUAAAUGAUUAAACUGACUCAUCGAUGAUCAAUACAGUCACCUGCUGUGGAUGCAUAGCACAUGUGUGUGUGUGUGUGUGUGUGUGUGUGUGUGUGUGUGUGUGUGUGUGUGUGUGUGUGUGUGAGACUCAUCAUUGCAGAAAGGCUUGAAUAAACUCCAGCACAAACACAUCAAGUAACCUUA